GCAGGAUUACAGAGGAGACACGGCUGCUGUUUUUAAGGACACAAUCAAGGAGAAACGUCUUUUCGAUUGCCAUAUGAACAUAUCCAGACUUCGUACUCGGACUGGUUUAAUUCGAGAGUUGUCCUAAAUGAAAAAAGAUUAAACCAUGCACAAGCUGACAAAGGCAACGCUGGCCUUAAACGGUCUUGGUCGGUGUUAUAUUGUAGAAAAGCAUACAUCUGCUAUAAAAAUCAUCAGACGAGGAUUAGUUAGUGCUGAUCAUGGGGGUGACUCAGACAAGAGUGAUGUUUAUGAUGUUAUUAUAUCCGGAGGAGGAAUGGUUGGAUCUGCAAUGGCAUGUUCUCUAGGUAUGGAUCCUAACUUGGACGGUAAGAAGAUCCUCCUGCUUGAGGCAGGUAACAAGAAAGUGAUGGACAAGGUCCCUGACACCUACAGCACCAGAGUCAGCUCCAUCAGCCCAGGCUCUGCGACCCUUCUCAGUGGUAUAGGAGUAUGGGACAACAUCACAAAGAUGAGGUGCAAGCCGUAUAAAAAGAUGCAGGUUUGGGAUGCCUGCUCGGAUGCCCUGAUCACUUUCGAUAAGGAGAAUCUGCAGGAGGAGAUGGCGUACAUCGUGGAGAACGACGUCGUCGUGGCUGCGCUCACAAAGCAGCUGGACAGCCUGUCCGAUAACGUGCAAGUGAAGUACAGGUCCAAGGUGGUGAAGUACAGGUGGCCCAUGUCUCACCAGGCAGCGGAGUCUGUCCCGUGGGUGCAGGUCACACUGGCCAGCGGAGAGACUAUACAAACCAAGCUGCUGAUUGGUGCAGACGGUCCAAACUCAAUGGUAAGGCGCAAGUUGGGGAUACCAACAGUCAAGUGGAAUUAUGACCAGUCCGCUGUGGUUGCUGUGCUGCACCUAUCAGAGCCCACGGAGAACAAUGUCGCAUGGCAGAGGUUCCUCCCAACUGGGCCUAUUGCGAUGUUACCGCUGUCAGACACCGAGAGCUCUCUCGUAUGGUCGACUAGCCAUCGGCUCGCAGAGGAGCUGCUGGAGCUGGACGAGGAGAGCUUUGUUGACGCAAUCAACUCUGCCUUUUGGAGUAAUGAGAACCAGUCAGAGCUGAUCGAGACAGCCGGCUCGCUGUUCCGCAAUGCCCUGUCGGCCAUUAUGCCAUCUGCAGGUUCACCCCGACAGCUUCCCCCGAGUGUGGCGGGGAUCGGCCCAAAGACACGGGUCAUGUUUCCUCUGGGCAUGGGUCACGCAUCAGAGUACAUCAGGCACAGGGUCGCUCUCAUCGGGGAUGCAGCCCAUCGUGUCCAUCCUCUUGCGGGUCAGGGAGCCAACCUGGGCUUCGGGGAUGUGGCUUGUCUCACGCAGCUCCUGAGCAAGGCGGCCUUCAACGGGAAGGACCUGGGAGCAAUGCAGCACCUGUUAGAAUAUGAAACUGAACGCCAGCGACACAAUCUGCCCAUGAUGGCUGCCAUCGACCUCAUGAAACGACUUUACUCCACCAACGCUGCGCCCGUCGUCCUCCUACGCACCUUCGGUCUGCAGGCCACCAACAUGCUCCCAACGAUGAAGGAGCAGAUCAUGGCAUUUGCAAGCAAGUGAUGCAACUGUUGGCAGAUCUCCAGAGGCUGUUAACUUUAAAGGCUGUAAAAAUGUUGAAUGUAAAAAUAAAAUAUUAAAGAUAUAUUUUAACUUUUA